CCCUUAUAGAGAGGGAACAUAAGCAUGUGUUGUGUCUGGUAAGGUUGCUCAUCAGAAACUUGUCGCAAAGCCAAUCUUAUAUUCUUAUCCUUCUAUAUAAUGAAACAAGCCUAUGAUAUUCUUCAUCAAUUAUAACUUUCAUUCAGGGAGCUUUACACAGAGAAUUCACAAAUCUUUUCUCCUUCAUUCUCCAUCUCGCAUUCCAAUCUAAAUCGUUUCCCAGAAAAUGAUGAUGAUCACAAGGAAGCUAAUCAAGAUGGCAAAGAAAUGGCAACAGAGAGCAGCCUUCAACAGGAAAAGAAUCUCGCUUCAGAGGUCAAGUGCUACUACUAGUAGCUCAACAGUUGUAGAGAAGGGUUGUUUUGUGGUUUACACGGCAGAUAAAAUCCGCUUUGCUUUUCCUAUAAGUUACCUGAGCAACUCUAUUGUCCAAGAGCUCUUGAGAAUAUCUGAAGAAGAGUUUGGUCUGCCGACGGACGGACCAAUCACAUUGCCAUUUGAUUCGGUUUUCUUGGAGUAUCUCAUUAAACUGAUCCAAAGAUGUCAAUCUUUGCAUGGAGAUACAGAAAAGGCUCUGUUAAUGUCAAUCUCUAAUGCUAGAUGCUCUUUGCAACCACAAGAACAACAAAGUAUUCCUAUUCAACAAUUGCUUGUAUUUUAGAGUGUUACUACUUCUUACAUGUUUGUAAAGAUUCUUAUGAAUUAGUUAGAGAGAUUAUUAUUUUUUGCCUCUCUUCAAGAUUGCCUCGCCAAAAUUCAAAGUCAAAUACCAUUUUGAAAGAAAAAUGAGCUACUUUCAAUAUCACAUGUUGUGACAGUUUCAUAUAAAUCUCUGAAAUGUUCACACAUGGAUGAACUAAAAGACAAAUGGUUCAACGAAGAAGAAGCUACAAGAGGUGAACUCAGACCCGAAACCUCCUUGACCACGUCAAGAUAUAUCUUCUCUAGAUCUUGGAGAGUAUCUUCUUCACUUUGAGGACGCGUGAAGAAUCGCCAUGGAGUACUCUCCGUUUCGAUCGAGCUUCUUUGGAAGUUUAGGCAAAAGGUCUUUGACAUCGGGAGUAUGAUUUUCCAGAACAUUUUCGGUAGAAGAAGUGGAUUCCUUUUCCUUGGAUGGAGAUAAUUAGGGUUUUCGGAAAUCUUAUAUA